AUGUCCAACACAAGUCCACUAGAACCUUGCCCUCCUGAUGGUACGGCUGCCACGACCACAAACGCCCCUUUCCUCCUCCUCGAGCCCUCGCACGAUUCGCAUCUCUCCAAGCAAAUCGAGCCAGAGACCGAACAGCAACUAUCGCGUUCCUCCAAAGACACCACCACCACAGAGCAAGAAAGCAUCAACCAGCUUUUCGACCAUCAUCUCCCUCCCAGGCCCCAGCUGCUCGAGCUGACCGAACAAGCAAAGCGAGAGUCACGCAUCUCGAUCCCGGCUUCACACGAUCGCAUCGCCCCUAUCUCGAGCCAUUCAGAAUCUCGUCAGUCCAUCUACUUGGCAGACGAGGACAUUCAACUUGAUCUCCGCUUCUACCGACGGCAGCUCUUUCUGAUGCUCCUCUGGUACUUGCUCUGCAUCCUCACCGCCGGUAUUCUCUUUAUUGCCGACAACUGGGCCAACAACAAGUUCUGGAUUCGUUUCAACACUACACCCACCUCGCUCAACCAGACCAACGCCGACAACAAGGACAAGUUGAUCCGCAUCAAGAGCAAGCAUGCAGAGGUCGACAUUUUGCCUCUUAAGCGAGUCACCUUUCCUUCGCCCAUCCCCUUCCUCCACGUAUUUCCUCCCACUCUACCCCAGCCGUACUCCUCUCCACAAGACGCCGCUGCUAGACUCAACGAUCAUCUGUCGUCUACAUCUCAACAGUACCAACACCCACAUUCACUCAGCUACGUUGACCUUGUCGAAUAUAGAGCCACCACCUUGCUCCUCCAUCCCGUAUCCGGCAAAUUCUUCCUUCUUGCCAGGUGGAAUGAUCCUGCAUGGAGUACAGCCCUAGGUUCGGAUACCGUCGCCCCCGAAUACAGCCUUUCUUCAACAGGCCUUGAUGUCCAGACCGUGCGCGACAGGCAGGCGCUCUUCGGCGACAACCAGGUGACUGUCAAAGGCAAGUCGGUCGUCGACCUCUUGAUCCAAGAAGUCCUCCACCCCUUUUACAUCUUCCAGAUCUAUUCAAUCGUUCUGUGGUGCAACGACGAAUACGUACCUUACGCCAUUGUCAUUGCUGUUGUCUCGGUGAUUGGCAUUGUUGCCACCACUGUCACUACCAAAGCCGCCAUCGAGAAGCUCAAAAAGAUGAGCCGCUUCAGCUGCGACCUUUCUGUGCUUCGACCCACUUUAGCAACCACUACAGAUCGACUCGACGAAAAGAGCGCCGUGAUGGAUGCGGCGUGUCUUGAAAAGAAGCAAUCGGAUAUAGCAUCCAACUCGAUUACAUCCGCAUCGACCUAUACCAUUCUCAAUAGCGAAGCGCUCGUCCCUGGUGACAUUGUGGACCUCGGUGCCAUCUACACAUCUCACAAGGACGCAUCCAACUAUGGGCAUCGACUCAUUGAGACGCUUCCCUGCGAUCUAGUGUUGCUCGAAGGCGAUUGCAUCGUCAACGAGUCCAUGAUGACCGGAGAGUCGGUGCCCGUGGUCAAGGCUCCCAUCUCGAAAGCCGACCUGGGUGGCGUCCUUGCGGCUGGAAAAGACGUUUCUUGUCUCGAUAAGCACAUCCUCUACUCUGGUACCAAACUCGUCCGCGUGCGACCCGGCAGCAGUGCCGCAUACACCACGCGCGCUCUCGUCAUCCGAACCGGCUUCUCCACCGCCAAAGGCUCGCUCGUCCGACAGAUGCUCUUCCCACGCCCCAUCAAUCACAAGUUCUACCGCGACGCGUUCCUGUUCAUCGGUAAUCUCUUCGUCAUCGCCAUCAUCGGCAUGAUUGCCACCAUCAUUUACUUCAAGAUCAUCGGCGUCAGCAGCCAAGAGAUUGCGCUCCGCUCGCUCGACGUUCUGACCAUCGCUGUUCCCCCGGCUCUGCCCGCAACGCUUUCGAUCUGUAUCACAUUCUCCAUUGCACGCCUCAAACGACGUCAGAUCUUCUGUCUCAGUCCUCAGAGAAUCAAUGUUGCGGGCAUGGUCAACAUGUUUGUCUUUGACAAGACCGGCACCUUGACCGAAGAAGGCCUCGAUGUGAUGGGCGUUCGCAUGGUCAAGCAUGGCAAGUUUACAGAGCUCAUUCAGCAACAAGCGUGCGCCGAGAUGGAGGACCCGGCCGAGAUCGGAUUGGUCGAGGCCAUGGCAACAGCUCACGAUCUAAAUUUGCUCGAUGGACAGCCGAUCGGCGAGCCUUUGGAAGUAAAAAUGCUCGAAUGGACAGGGCGAACGCUGCAAGAUGAAGCCUCUCUCGCGCCUGUAUACCUUACAAAAGAAGCAGCGCUGGGCGCAGCGCAUGGCGCAGCGCUUGAUGUCGAUUCGCGCCGUCCACUGACAAAUGACGGCACGCUCGCCCGAGUGCCCGUCAUCCUCGCCAAUCCAAGAUGCCCAUCGGUGGCGGUAAUUCGCACGUUUGAAUUCAGCGCAUCUCUGCGCAGAAUGAGUGUCGUCGUCAAACGCCACAACUCGCUCUCGGCGCAGGUCUACUGCAAGGGUGCUCCCGAGUCGAUUUGCUGCCUCUGUGAGCCGGCAUCGCUUCCUAGCGAUUACAAUUACGUACUCGACCGUUGCACUCGAGCCGGAUUCCGAGUGCUCGCCGUAGCAGCCAAAUCCAUCGACGCUCUUGGCUGGGCCGGCGCGCAACGCCUCACUCGAUCCGAAACCGAAUCCUCACUCGAGUUCCUGGGCCUCAUCAUUUUUGAAAACAAGCUCAAGGCCGCCACUACGGCCUCGAUCGCAACGAUCAGAGACGAUGCUCGGCUGCCCAUCAAAAUGUGCACAGGCGACUCGGUUCUAACUGCGAUUUCCGUGGCCAGGGAGUGUGGGAUCCUGGCGACAAAUUCGGAAGUGUUCACGCCGAGGUUGAGCGGAAAAGGUGGCAAGCAGAUCGAGUGGAUCAGUGUCGAGGAUAAGACGCGUACCUUGGACGCGUAUACGCUCGAUGCUCCGGAUGCCAAGCUCAAGCAGAUCGAUCUCGCCGUAUCCGGGGAGCUUCUGCGCGCGCUGCUCGAGGCGUGUUCGGCCGAGACAAUGGCACGCGUCUUGGUGCACUGCAAGGUGUUUGGCCGUUUCUCACCAGAGCAGAAGCAAGAGCUGGUGGAGCGGCUGCAGACGCUGGGAUACGUGGUCGCCAUGACGGGCGACGGAGCUAACGAUUGUGGUGCGUUGAAAUCAGCCGACGUGGGCUUGUCGCUGUCCGAAGCGGAAGCCUCGGUAGCGGCGCCCUUCACGUCCAAGAUCAAGGACAUCUCUGCUAUUACGCAUCUGAUGCGCGAAGGGCGGUCCACGUUGACGGUGAGCUUCGCCAUGUUUCUGUUUAUGAGCGUCUACUCUCUCUCUGAGUACUUUACCGUUCUUUUGCUGUACGGAAAAGCGACGUCGCUGGAUAACGCAGAGUACCUGUUCAUCGACGUCUUCUGCAUUCUACCGGUUGCGGUCGGAUUGGCGAAUUCGCGUCCUGCCAAGAAGCUGUUUCGGAUUGCACCGGAGAUGCGACUUUCGUCGGCCAAGCCUAUUGUGUCGAUGCUGGCGCAGGUGAUUCUUGGAUACAUUGCUCAGACGGUGGUGUACGUAGUGCUUCACAGCAAGACGUGGUAUGAAGCGCCCGAGUUCGAUCCGGAAGAUCUCACGUUGAACGAUAUGGACAAUACGGCUCUGUUCCGAACGUCGAUAUUUACCUACAUUAUCGCUGGCUUCGCUUUUAGCAUCGGUCCUCCACACAGGCAGUGGCUCGUGUUCAACUGGAUCCUAGCUCCCACCCUGAUCGUGCUGGCGGUAUUUGCGUUCUACUUCCUCUUCUUGACCAGCGGUCCGUUCUUCACUCUGUUCGGCUUUGUCGAUAUGCCAACACACUUCAGCUGGCUCAUCUUUGGCGUCGUCAUCGCGCAGCUCGUCGUAGCUAUGCUCUUUGAAUUCUGCGGCGUCGCCAUCGUCGCACGUGGCGUAUCUUGGCUGUUCACCCGCCUAACAAGUGUCUUUGGUACCCAACAUCAUCCGGCGUACAAGGCGGUAGAGAACGCCAUCUACUCGUGA